UGAGCUAAAAUCACACUCCACUUCAGUCCUCGCUCCCACCACGUACCGUACGCUUCGCGGCGCGUCGCUUUUGCACGCCUACGCCUCGCCACCGACGUCGCCGCCGGAGACGCCGCCUCGGCCGCGGAGGCGCUAGAGGAGCAGGAGCGUGGGGUGGCGUUGGGUGGCCGGCGCAGACGCCGUGGGAGAUGAAGGCCAAGGCCCUCCCCUUCAUCGCCUUCGAGCACAAGCGGGACGCCUAUGGCUUCGCCGUGCGGGCACAACACCUGCAGCGGUACAGAGAGUAUGCAAACAUCUACAAGGAGGAGGAAGAGGAGAGGUCAGAGAGAUGGAAUAAUUUUCUGGAUAGGCAGGCCGAGGACGCCGAAUCAUCUGGAGAGGAUGUUAAGGUUGUACCUUCCAAUGAGAAUGAAGGAGGUGCUAGCAAGAAUGCCAAGGAUAGCAGGUUGAAACUCUCAGAUGAGAAGACGCCGAAGCAGCCAAGACCACAUAAGAUCCAAAUAUGGUCUGAAAUCAGGCCCUCUUUGGGCCAAAUUGAGGAGAUGAUGAGUUCGCGUGUCAAGAAGAAGCAAUCUCCUGCUGAAGAGAGCAAGCCAUCAGAGGAUUCUGAUGAUGAGUUCUAUGAUGUAGAGAAGGUUGAUCCUAGCCAAGAAGUGCCUGCAGCUGACAGUGCCAAUGCUGAUUCAGGUACAAAUAGAGGUGCGGAUCAAGAAGGAUAUUAUCCUUGGAAGGAGGAAUUGAAGUGCUUAGUCCGUGAUGGGCUGCCAAUGGCUCUGAGAGGAGAGCUAUGGCAAGCUUUUAUUGGUAUUGGAGCUCGUCGAGUGAAAGGGUAUUAUGAGAAUCUCCUUGCGGCAGAUGGUGAAAGAGAAGAUAGAAAAUGUUCUGAUUCUUCAACAACGGAAUGUGGUGAUGGAAAAACAAAAGCAUCUCAAACAUUUUCUUCUGAAAAGUGGAAAGGGCAAAUAGAGAAGGAUUUACCUAGAACAUUUCCAGGACAUCCUGCUCUAGAUGAGGAUGGAAGAAAUGCUUUAAGACGCUUGCUCACAGCUUAUGCUAGACAUAAUCCAACAGUUGGUUACUGCCAGGCAAUGAAUUUCUUUGCUGGUUUGUUACUGCUGCUGAUGCCAGAGGAGAAUGCAUUUUGGGCAUUGACAGGCAUUAUGGAUGACUAUUUUGAUGGUUACUUCUCUGAAGAAAUGAUUGAGUCUCAGGUGGAUCAGCUUGUUUUAGAGGAGUUAGUCCGAGAGAGGUUCCCAAAAUUAGGUGUGCAACUUAUUUUUUCGACGUUUCAUUAUAUGUACCACAUCACUGUCAGAUAUAUUAACCGCACAAAUUUGACAAGAACAUGCAUGCUUUUUUUUACAGUAAAUCACCUUGAUUACCUUGGUGUACAAGUUGCAUGGGUUACUGGGCCAUGGUUCUUAUCUAUUUUCAUGAACAUGCUUCCCUGGGAAAGCGUUCUUCGCGUGUGGGAUGUGCUUCUUUUUGAGGGAAACCGUGUGAUGCUCUUCCGGACAGCCCUUGCACUGAUGGAGUUGUAUGGUCCUGCACUUGUGACCACAAAAGAUGCCGGGGACGCAAUAACUCUUUUGCAGUCUUUAGCUGCUUCCACUUUUGACAGCAGCCAGCUUGUUUUAACAGCAUGCAUGGGAUAUCAAGCUGUAGGCGAAGCAAGGCUGCAAGAGCUGAGAAAUAAACACCGUCCAUCUGUUAUAUCUUCAAUGGAACAGAGAGCAAAAGGUCUUCGUGUCUGGAGGGAUACCAAUGGUCUUGCAUCGAAGCUGUAUAAUUUCAAGCGUGGCCCUGAAUCAUUGGUGUCUUUAUCAGAAGAGCAGUCAAAUGACUUGACAAACGGCGCUACAAACCAAGAAACCAAUUCUGGUAAUAUGGAUGAUAUGUAUCGUGGCCUGACUGUCAACACUGAGAUUGACUCUUUGCCUGAUCCUAAAGACCAGGUUGUCUGGCUGAAGGGUGAAUUAUGCCAACUGCUAGAGGAGAGAAGAUCAGCUGUACUUAGGGCUGAUGAACUAGAGACGGCACUGAUGGAAAUGGUUAAGCAAGAUAACAGGCGUGAAUUAAGUGCAAAGGUCGAGCAGUUGGAACAAGAGUUAUCCGAGCUAAGGCAAGCUCUAUCAGACAAGCAGGAACAGGAGCAAGUAAUGCUCCAGGUCCUGAUGCGGGUAGAGCAUGAACAGAAAGUCACAGAGGAUGCCCGCAUCUUCGCUGAGCAAGAUGCUGCUGCGCAGAAAUAUGCUGCACACGUGCUCCAGGAAAAGUACAAGGAAGCUAUGGCUUCACUGGCGCAAAUGGAGAACAGAGCAGUUAUGGCAGAAACAAUGUUGGAGGCAACACUUCAGUAUCAAUCUAGCCAGCAGAAAUCACAGCUGCCAUCCCCUUCUCCAUCUCCAAGGACACCAACACGAGAUACAUCACCUGGCCAAGCGAACCAAGAUUCGUCACAGGAGUUCCAACCUAGAAGAAUAAGUUUGCUUGCCCCAUUUUCUCUCGGCUGGCGCGACAAGAACAAGGGCAAGCAGAACGGCAUGGAUGAGUCGACAAAUGGCAAACUAAAUAAUAACACUGAUCAAAGUGUUGAAACACCCAAGAAGGAUGAUGAAAAGCAGGGAGACCCUCCAAAGGAGGGUGAACAGAGAGGAGAAACACCCAAAAGAGAUAGUGAGCCCAGAUUAGAGACACCCAAGAUGGAUGGCGAUCUGCCAAGUGUCCAGAGGACCACAAAUAAUAUGAAUGGGCAGGAAGAUCAGUUGGAAGAAAUAAAAUUGGAUUGAUAUAGACAAGCUCAUUGUUCGGCCGGUCUUCACCAGUGUGGUUAAGUCACAACACAUAGGCCAUUUUUUAAAUUAUGUAUUGUUUGUAUUUAUUUCCCCCCUUUGCCCUUCCCCGUUUUCCUUCUUAAUUUUUGCUUUUGUUUUGUGAUCACAUCUUUCUUGAAGUAUAGAUUCAAUAUUUUGAACCAUAACUUGAGGGGAGAGUGAAUAAGUUUUGCCUUUUCAAGAUGGGCUGUAAGUUACCGAUAGAAACAUGGAAAUAUGUACCAAGUGGAAGAACACAAUGCAAUUUAUGGAAGAGACUGCUCUAUACUG